ACCUAAGCUUCUCAUCAAAUCAAAAAAAAUUCAAAAUAUUUCUCUCUUCCACCAAACCUUUGUCUAUGGCUGAAUCUCCAUGGCUAUAGCUAGCAGCCACCAAAUCCCUCACCACCACCGGUGAUGCUUGCCACUAUGGCAUUCUUCUCGUCUCACUAUUCUGGGUUUCUUUGUUUUCUGCUUCUCUCAAGCCUAGCCAUGCCCGAGCUUCUACUUCCACUCACACCUAUCGCCAUUGGCGGUGCCUCUCAUCGACGUCACAACCACUGGUGGCCGCGAAUAAGCAAGGCACUUGCUGGAGCUGACAGAAAAGAUCUGUUGAGGAAGUUGCCAAAAUUUAUAUGUGAUGAGGAGAAAGCUUUGGAGAGAACCCGCAAAAUAUUAACGGAGAAGAUUGCUCAGUUGAAUUCAGUCAUAAACGAUGUUUCUGCUCAGCUUCAUGGAGAUGAUGUUUCUAAUGGAACUGUAGUGAAUACAGAUGAAGUUGGAGCUUCAAUGUAACAGAAUAUUUGUUGUAAUUGCCAUAUAAGCCAUCACUACUUACGUGUGAUUAGUAUUGGAAAAACAAUGUUUUGAAUCCU